AUGUCUGACAGCCCUUUAGCAAAGCGACUGCGAAGAGAAGAUCCAAGCUCUCGUGUAGUUCAUGUAUGCAACUUGACCAUUGGGGUUUGUGAAGCAGAUCUCGUAGAGGCUUUAUCGCGUUUCGGUUAUGUAUCAUAUGUAACAUGCUUAUCUACCAAAAACGCGGCUCUGGUUGAGUUUGAGGAACUUGAAGAUGCUCAGGCAUGUGUUGAUUAUGCCAAAGAGCAUACAAUUUACGUUUCCGGACACGAAGCUCAGUUCAGUUACUCAAUUUCGAAAAAGAUUCAGCGAGUGGGUUUGGAAACUUCCGAACCAAAUCAUGUUCUAAUACUAACGAUAUACAAUGCUUAUUAUCCGAUAAAUGUCAAUGUUAUCCAUAAGAUCUGCUCACCAUAUGGUUUCGUUAGAAGAAUCGUAAUAAUUCGGAGAAACCUUUUGCAUUCUUUGGUGGAGUUUGUUAAUGUAGAGGAAGCGAGGGCAGCCAAACGAGCGAUUAACGGCGCAGACAUUUAUACAGGAUGCUGUACUUUGAAAGCCGAGUUUGCGAAACCGGAUAUCGUGAAAGUUCAAAACAACUCGAUGGACGCGUGGGAUUACACUUUACAGCAAGAUCUUAGUAAUAAUCCUAAUUACUUUCUUGAAAAGCUUGUAGUUUUUUACGGCAGUGAAUCUUCUUCUAUUCGGCAUUGUGGUAAAGCUAAAAUGGAUUCAGAUCCAAGAGCGCUGUAUAUGGAAAGGAGUGGUUUCGAGCCUAUAGGAAUUAUUAACGGUAGUGAGAUUGUUGGAUCUGUUAUCAUGGUUUACGGGAUUGACCACAUUUACUUUAAUUGUUUGAAGCUGUUCAAUAUAUUUUGUCUCUACGGUAAUUGCGAGAAGGUGAGGUGGGACUACUCAUGUAGCAGAUUCCAACGGUUUUCACAGAUGAAAGGUGCUUCAAGAAAUAGGAUCGUAGCGCCGGCCAAAAUGUUGCAUUGGUUUAAUGCUCCACUGGAAACGAAGGAAGAUGCUAUCGUUCGAGUAAGGGAAGACCACAGUCAUUAG